GAUAGUUCAUCACUUAAACUACCAUCCACAGUAAUUUUUUGCCUUCGUCGACAAUUGGCUUAAAUAUUGCUCUUGUGAAACAAAUUUGACAUAUUAAUCUGCAUAUUUCAUUUCAAGCUAUUAUUAAUUAUUUGUUAUGGGUAAAAUAAGCGGCUUUAUCGAUAAGGAUACCUAAAAAUCACCCAGUGACAUGGAUGUCGAUGACUGUUUUUACGACGAAUUGUCGUCGUUUAUGUCAUCGCCCAAUGACUAUCGCAUAAACCAUCAUGAUUUUGACGAGAUAAUAAGCUCGACGGUGUCGCAGCUCGAUUCAUCAUUGGACCUCAAUUCGUUCUUACCGCAGGGUCGUGAAAGUUUACUGCAAGGUGACAAUUUGUUCUCAGAGCUGUUUCAAACGGCGCCCGAUAGUCAGCAUAAUGGCUUGGAGCUUAACUUUAACAAUUUGGAGGCGGGUUCCACACAAAGCUGGAACACAGAUGACACUUUCUUUCCCUCGUCGAUGGCAUCGAUGGACGAUUCGAUGAAUGUCUGCAGCGUCAAUACAGAAAUUGAGAAACUGACACGCGGCAAUCUGUUUGAGCAGCAUAUGCACGAUCGAGACACGCCCUCGCCCACGGAGAGUUGUGGCAGCUUCAGUGGCAGCUCGACAAGCGGUGUCCACAGCGACACCUCGGACGCCUGGCAAAAUCGACAACGGGAACAGCUAAAUGAUACGGCACCAUCUGAUAUGAUGAUGCUGCUUAGUGUUCCAAAGUUGCACCCGCCGCCGCCACUUGUUGAAAGCUUUAAGAUUGAAAAUGAAGACAGCAGCAGUAUUCAAAAUAAAAAUGUAUUUCAAAUGCCCGAACUUUCACCAUUAAUUUCCACCUCAACUCUCAACGAACAGCAGCUUAAAGAGAAAACAUCGAUUAACUGGAAUCCGGAAAUAGUGCCUCAGUUAAAAGAGGUGCCGAUUACAUCACCAACAGCAGCAGCAACAACCACAACUGGAACCACAACACCAUCUGCAACUGGAACCGUUUACAUGCCCGUCAAUGUGGAUGCAAAGUUUGCACCAAAAGUGCAAAAGCCCGCUCGAGAAAAACUGCUAAUUGAUGCACCAGCGGAAAGCGCGGGCAAAACCAAAACCAUUUUCCUAUCAUCGAAUGACUACAAGGCUCUAAUGCAGAAAAUGAAUUUGAAUGGUGCAAAGGGGGGCGCCAAGAUCAACGGCAGUGUUAAGACACAAAUACCCAAAAUCGUCAUGAAGCAGGCAAAUUGCAAGGCACAAGCCCAACAACAGAGCUAUCAACAACAAAAUGUGGUCCAAGCCAAAACGCAAAAUCAGUCGAAUUUGCUCAGAAAUCAUGCUCAGCAUCAACCAAUUCCACAGUCGACCAUCAAUCGUGAGAGCUCCUUGGAACCCGAGCAGAGCUCGCACUACAUCCGCAAGAGCACGAUCGAUGAGAAGAUGUACAAAAAGCAGCAGCGUAUGAUUAAAAAUCGACAGUCGGCUUCGUUGUCGCGCAAAAAGAAAAAGGAAUAUGUCGUCUCCUUAGAGACGCGUCUAAAUAAUCUGCAGAAGGAGAACUAUACGCUGAAGGGGGAAAAUGUGACGUUGCGCAAUCAGCUGGUUGCUCUGGCCAAGACGUGCAAGUGCCGCAAGGGCAGCGUCUGCGAUUUUGUGCUGCACUCGCUGAACUCGAAGCCGGCAGAGCAGAAUAUUAAGAUUGCCCCGAAGCCAAGCUCGAAGAGUUUCAAGCAGCACAUGACUGCGGCGACCGUUAAGAAGAAUGUGGCCGUUCUCUUUGCCAUGGCAUUCAUGGUCACACUCAAUGCCGGCAAUUUCCAAUCGUAUCUGAGCAAGCACAGUCUUGAAGCCGACAGCAACACAGCCGCCUCCGUUUCCGACUCGAAUGUGAAGGAAGCGAUGUCGAUGCCGAUGCCAAUUAGUCGUCGUCUGCUUUGGGUCGAGUCGGAGGAGGAGUACAACGAGAAGCUGAACCGAAACAGCAGCAGCAGCAGCCGUCAGGCGGCGGAGGAGCUGGUGAUGCCACCAUUGCAUUUCCUAAGACCGAACAGUCGCAGCAGUAACAAUGCCACACAGGGAGGCGGCGUUGAUCCGCCACCUUUAACCUUUCCAGCGGCGGCAACAACAACAGGCAAAUGCAAUGAUUCGAAUGGCAACCAAACUGAAUAUUCGCGGCUAAUGCUUCAUCUGGAGAAGUUAAUCAAUGUGAGUGGCUACCACAAUUUGAGCAUGAGCACGAAAUUUAAUAUGGAAUCAUCGGACAAAGGACAUCGCUUUAAGUUUUCAACGGACUAUUUGGAAUUACCCGAUAUGGUUGAGGGACAAACUGGAGGCCUGGGCAAACGUAAGAAAUUUAUGGGCGGCUUAUCGCACAUUGGACACAAGCAACAGAAACUGGACACUGAUAAGAACAUUUUUGGCACUGGCGAACCGGAUCUUUUCAAAGGCAUCAAGCGACAGGAUGACACAUUCUAUGUGCUCUCUUUCAAUACGGACCACAUUCUGCUAUCGCCAGCGGCGCAUAAUAAAAAUGUACGUCCGAAAAUGUCGCUGCUACUGCCCACAGCUGAUCCAUCGAAUAAUGGCGAUAUCAUGAUGAUGCAGGUGGACUGUGAGGUGUUCAAUACCAAGGAACUGGAGCUCAAGUCCCACAUGAUACCGGCUAGGCUCCGCCCAAAUGUAACCAAGUGGCAAAUGAAGCCAAAGCACUCCAUGUUAAACAGCAACAACAACAGCAACAAGACGCUGGGAAAUAUUAAAUUGCAGGAUAGAAUGAUGAAACCGGAGAAGCCUCGAGUACGCACCUAUUUUAUGGUUGGCCCCAAAAAUCAGGCAGCAGCAGCCGUGUCGCAGGAGAAGCCACGCCUGGUGGAGUUCAACAAGAGCAUGGUUAACAACAGCAAGCCACAUGCCACAGAUACCACAGAUUAUGAUUCUCGUUUACAUGGCUAAUCCACACACCAAUAUCUAUUCAAUAUAUGAUAUGAUAUCUAUAUACCCUAGCUUAAUUCCACCCAUUUGAAAUGUUUUAUGUAUUCGUUUAUGUACAAGAUUAUUAAGCACUGUUAUAUAAAAGUCUGGGGACUAAUUGUAAAUGUUUUCGCUUAAGUAAUUAUGGUAUACAAAUAUAUAUAUAUAGUUUAAGUCACUUUCAAAUUGUAAUCCAUUUAUUUGUUAUUACUUCUGAAUUGUUUCUGUUUUUUUUUUUAUUUUUACUUCUAAGACCGGAUUAUCCAUGACCAGCGAAUGAUGCUCAAAAAGAUUCCGACUACGGCGUAAGAUUUUACGUCUGAGCAGUAAAUCAAUCUUCAACAGUUUUUUAAUGAUGGAAGUAAAAGAAUAAUAGCUUAAUGAUUUAAAGAGAAGAACCAAUCAGCUAUUUUAAAUUUAUAUAUACCUCUACAUAUAUUUAUUGAUUUGUAAAAUGCAAUCAAGUCAAAUGGUUUGUGUUUUUUAUUGCUUCCCCACCCUUUUAACAGUUUUAGAAAAAAUAAUACAAUUCGCAUAACAACAUAGUAUCCAUAAUUAUUUUGUACAUACAAAAGUGAAUAAUUUUCGUGACAAUUAGAGUUAACAAUAGAAAGUAAGCGAUGUCUGGGCCAAAAUUAUAUUUAAAGUGUGUGUUUUUAGUACGCAUUAUUUACUGAAACAA